AUGAAGGCAAAGCAAAUCCUUGCACAGCAGGAUGCGAACCACGACUACGAAGUCACAACCGGCAACGCAAAGUUCUUAAAUAAUGCAGCCCGCGUGCUAUUUGGCUCGAACUCGUCGAUUCUUGAUUCUGGCAAAGUCACUUCGGUACAAGCCAUCUCCGGCACCGGCUCCAUCCACCUCGGCGCGCUCUUCCUCUCCAAAACCGCUGCCUUCAACGGCAAGAAAGCCUACGUCGGCACGCCAGCAUGGGGAAACUAUGUGCCAUUGUUCAACCUUGUCGGGCUGGAAGUCGUGACAUACAAGCACUACGAUGCCUCAACCGGAAAGGUAGAUUUUGACUCUGUACUAGAGGCAACGAAAAAGGCGGAUGAGGGGAGCAUUUUUGUGCUCCAAGGAUGCUGCCACAACCCAUCUGGCGCGGACUUCUCACCUUCGCAGUGGGAAAAACUUGCAGUGGCGAUGAAGGCAAAGAAGUUGUUCCCGCUGUUCGACAUGGCGUAUCAGGGUCUUGGGGCCUCACUAGAUGAAGACGCGUAUGGCUUGCGGCUGUUUGCAAACAAGGGCUUUGAACUUCUCGCGUGCCAGUCUUUCUCGAAGAACUUUGGACUUUACGGCGAGAGAGUGGGUGUGCUACAUGCGGUGAGUGAGGAAAAGGAUGUAGCAUCUAAGGUGUAUGAGAGGUUGCGAUGUCUGAUUCGGUGGGAGUUCUCAUCGAGUCCGGCGUAUGGCUCAAGGCUCGUGGACAUUGUGCUCAGCGAUGAUAAGUUGAGGCAAGAUUGGCAGACGGAGUUGGCAACAAUUCAGAAGAGGCUUGCGGAUAAUCGGAAAGCACUGCACGCGGAGCUGGUGGACAAGCGCAAAGCACAAGGCAACUGGAGCUCGAUACUGUCCUCCAACGGCCUAUUCUGCUUCCUCCCACUCAACCCGCAGCAGUGCGAGCGCCUCGCGGCCGAGUUUCACAUCCACAUGCUGCAGAACGGGCGCAUCAAUGUGGCGGGGCUGAAUCAGUCGAACCUAGGACACGUAGCUUCAGCGCUCGUCAAGGUGACGGGCUCGCCGUCAUCGCCGCGCUUGUGA